GCUGGAAGCUCGCCAAGUCAUUUUUUUUUUCUUCCCUUUUUCUCCCGCUUUUCGCUCUUUAACCCGCUCUAGUCUCGCUCGCUCUCUCUUCUCGCCUCCUCCACCCAUCUUCACUUAUCCGUUUGAUCCUCUCUUCCCCAUAUUUUCAUUUUUCAUGGUAUAUGCGACUUCUUUCGAUUGAUCACACCCUUCUCCAAAUCCCCCAUUUGCCUUUCUAUCCGGGUCGCUGGGAUCUCUCCAUCCCAUCCCUCUCUCAAUGAGCGGCUAUGGCGUUCAACUUCAACUGGUCGCCUUUAAUGGCCGACGCGGGUUUCUACACACGCGCCCAGGAGCUAUUGACGGCCGCUCUCAAUAAAUCUCCUAAACCCCCCAUCAUCGUCGAUGAUAUCCUCGUCACCGAGUUGAAUCUGGGCUCCGUUCCGCCCGAUUUGGAAAUCCUGGAGAUCGGCGAUCUCGCGGAGGAUCGCUUUCGCGGCAUCUUUAAGAUGUCCUACUCGGGCGAUGCCUUUCUCACACUCAAAACACGCGUCCAGGCAAAUCCAUUAAAUACCUACCUCGUCACACGACCGUCCUUUGCCUCUCCCUUGCCCUUGGCAGCGGCAACACCACUUACUAUCCCCCUACAAAUCACUCUCUCCGACUUCAAACUCUCCGGCUUUGUGAUCCUCGUCUUUUCGAAACAGAAAGGCAUCACCGUCGUCUUCCGGAAUGACCCCCUCGAGUCGCUCAAGGUCUCGUCGACCUUCGAUUCCAUCCCUUUCGUCCGUGACUUCUUACAACGCGAGAUCGAGGCCCAGCUUCGCAUCCUCUUCAUGGAUGAGCUUCCCGCCAUCAUCCAUCGCCUAUCCCUGCGACUCUGGGUCCCGGAGUACCGGGCGGGCGAGGAGAUCCAGAACCAGGCCGCUCACGUGACCGCGGUCGAAGGCCCCGGUUCGGAUCCCUUGGCCAGUCCUCCGCAGGAUCCGGUCGAUUCUAUGGGCAACGUGCUGAGCGAAUCGCAAAUCGCAUCGUUGUCGCUCGACUCCUCCGUCGAAACCCAUUCCCUGUUCUCCCAGAAGAACCUGCUACGACUCGGCGCCUUGACCGAUUCGCAGCGGACCCUGUCGCUCUUCACCCCGACGAUCCACGAAGUCGUGUAUCGCGCGUGGACUUCCCCGUCCGACCAGGCCGACCUGGUUGGCGGCGGCGUGUUGUCGCCCAUGAGCCCCGGCCUCUCCCGGGCGCAGUCCCAGGUCGGCGGCUUUUCCUCCCUCCAGGAUAACGCCAGCGUCGCGUCGGCCCACACGCGAUCGUCGGCCUCUACCCACGCCUUUAGCAGCUACGGAUUGAACCUGGGGGCGGGUCGCCAUUCGAAAUCACACGCCCGGAAGCGCAAGAAGCGGGUGGUGGAUCUCCGUCGCCCCAAGAAUCCCGAGGACACUGUCAGCACGAGCGACGACAGUGCAUACAGCGAGCUCACCAGCACCCCGUCUGUCUGCUCCGCUCCUCUGCCGGCAGUGCGCGAGCAGGCCGAUGAUCCGGUAACGCCGCCUUUGUCUCCCGAGAGUGACCGACUGCUCCCCGUGAUCCCGGAGCGCCAUCGGAACAGCCUCUCCCACCCCGCCCCGCGGCGGGACAUCACCGCGGACAUGCUGCGCGAGACGGACGGAGUUUCGUCUGCGUCGCAGCCGCGCCCGGGCGACGUUGACGUCACUCCCCGCGCGACCACCCACGCUUUGAACCGUCGCCGCGACAGCGAAAAACGGGACUCCGGUCCGUUGCGGGACCUUCCUUCGGCCGCCCUCCCCUUUACCGAAGAAAAACCCGCGUCCAGCUCGGUGGAUCCUGCCUUGGUCGAGAAGCUGGCGGGUGAAAUUGCACGUCGCAUGCGCGACGAGAAUCUGCUGCCGACGUCGGGCACCUGUGGUGGUGCCUUCUGGGGUCGCACGAGCUCUCCCGAGGAAACUCCACCGCCGGCAUAUGGGCAGUAAAAACAAAAAAGUGAACGAAAAGUGAAAAAGUCAAUCUCCUAUCUCGUCCUGGAUGGUUGACCACGGUUGACCGUUCAUCCACUCCUUCUACCUUUCUUUUGUGGCUUACAUUCUUUUUACGAAUUCGGGUGCCGCACCCGGUUCUUGACGACUGAUAUGACCUGGUUUUAAUUCUCUGGACUUUCUUUCUUUUUUCUUGGAGCGUUUAGAGCUGUAUUAUGUUUUGGAUUGGAUUAGACCUAGCGG